AUGGAUCCUGGUCUAAAUUUCACCUGUUCUGAUCAUUUACAUACUUUAGGUUCUACUUCAGAAAAUGCUUCAGUUAAGGUUCCAUCAAUAGAUUUGCCUGAUGAUUUAUUUGAAGAGGGAUUGCGUUCUUGGAAAUUUUCACUUAUUGGAAGAUUAAACUUACAGAGUAUCAAAUUUGUUGAUGCCGCUGUUAUUUUGCGUCAAAAAUGGACAUUGGUUGGGGAUUGUAAGCUCAUUCCAUUGGGAAGAGGUUUUUUCACUAUCAAACUGGAUAAUGAGAUUGAUCGUCGUUUCAUUAAAGCUGGUCAGUGGGAAGUUCUUAAUCAGGUUCUACAAGUAAGGAAUUGGAAAUCAAAUUUUAGACCAUCAAACCAGCGUACUUCGAAGGCUCGGGUUUGGGUUUGUUUUCCUGGUUUGGGUUUAGAAUUCCGGAAGGAAAAAAUUCUCUUCACUAUAUGUAAAGAUAUUGGUACUCCCAUUAAGGUUGAUUCUGCUACAACAAAAUGUGAAGUAGGUUAUUAUGCAAAUGUUUUGGUUGAGGUGGACUUUGCUCAACCAAUUCCUAGUAAGAUAUGGAUUGGUACUAAAUAUGGAGGAUUCUUUCAAGAUAUUUCUAUUCAUGUUCUUCCAAAAUACUGCCACCAUUGCAAAAUCAUUGGUCAUCUUACUGCAGAUUGUAGAAUUGAGAAGAAUAAAAAUUACACUACAAGCAAAGGUCCUCAGAAAACUAGGCCUAGUAGUGAAAUUCCUCAUACUCCAUUUGACAUUUGUGAUAGAUCAACAGUUGAGAGCUCUCCAUCAAAACUGCAAGCUAGUACUUCUAAUGAGCUUCAACAACCAGAAGAAGACUCUCUCAUUACAAAUAUGUUAACCUCAAUGGCUCAGCAAAAUGGUUCUAAUACCAAUGUAGUUGGAGGAAGAUUUCGUGAUUUAAAUGCUGAAGAAUAA